AUGUUCAACGCCCGCCGCGCCUCCUACAUCGCCGAGCAGCCCGCGCACAUGCCGCCAAACGCCGCAGAGUAUGCCAGCGCUCUGGCAUACACUCCUCCGCGGACCGGUCGUCGUCGUCCACAAGCCGCCCAGCAGGUGUUCGCCGCUGCAGGCAGAUUGGGAAAGGGAAAGGGGAAGGAAGUGGCGACGUCGGAUGAGCCAGAGAGCUCUGUUCGCGGCUCAGCGGCACAGAGCUUUGCGAGUUCUUCGGGGGAUGUGAGUGGCGGCUCGGGUGCUUCCGGUGCCCAUGCCAAGAAGGCGGGACUUGCAUCGAGGUUGUUCCACGGGCGACUCGGCAAGAAAUCCGAGCCUGAGCAGCAGAACUCCAUGGUUGCUCAUGAGUCACCUUCUCCCAGCGCAACCGGGGCGGAAGGGACGGCGGUGAUGAAGAGCGAUCGUCUGCCUGCGGCGGUGGUCGAGAAGGUCUCGCGACCUUUCACGACUGCCACCACGUCUUACCACCCGGGAGCGAACCUCGGAGGACGCCGUAACGCUGCGCAGGCUCGCCUCUCGAUCCUCACCGGCCACCGUGACUACGAGGCGCGGGAGAAGUGGGCUCUCUCCCUGCAGGAGGUCCUCGUAGUCACCGGUCAUUAUGAGCGUAUCCACGGAUCGCUCAUGAUGAUCGAGCUGUUGCUGAACGGCGGUGAGUCGCACAGCAGCAGCGGGUUGCUGGUGUUGAGAGAGGAGGUAAAGAGGAUUCUCACCCAGAUGGUGCGCUUGGGGGAUCGUUGCGUUGCGGCUUUCGCCGUUGCGAACUCGCUUCGCGACGAUUACCUCAAAGAUGCCUACCCCCGAGCAGUGAUGAUGGUCCACAAGAAGAACACAGUCGUUCCACUGUUGUUGACACUACACCGGAGAAUCCAGAAUGGGAUUCGGGAUGAUGGGGAAACCACAUCCAAGAAGGUGGUAGAUGGGACCGAGAACUCUGAGCUCGGAGACGGGGGAGAUGAAGCGGAGGUAGAGAGGAGAAGAGCUAUCGUGCGCAAGCUACGCGAAGAAGCGGUUGAGCAGCAUGGAUACGUUCCAGCGGCGGGUGAAGACCUUGAUGCGGAUUUCGAGUUUCUGGACGAGGAUCCGAUGAGUCUAGUGGACGAAGAGCCACAGCGCGACGAGUCAGAGACCGACGAGCCUGACCGCGACGAGCCUCAGUACGACGAGCCUGACAACGACGAACCAGAUAUCUACGAGCCAGUACGCGACCAGCCAGACCGUGAAUCGUGGGAUCCGGUAGCGUUUCUGUCAUACUACGAGAAAGCCGAGAGUGAUAAGUCCGACGAGACCGUGAAGGCCACCAACGCUCAUGAAUCGCAUCAUGAAUACGGACAUACGGUAGAAGAAGACGAGGUUUCCCCAAACGCCACUUCCUCGGUAUAUUUCGCAGCUAGACGUCAGCCAGAUUCAGGUGGAUCAUCGAUCAAGAAGGAUUCUAGCAGCUCUGCCGAACCUCGCCAAACGAUACGCAUGUUAACACCGGAAUACGAGAUUGGUCGCAGUUACAUCGAGAGGGAUAUCAGCUUUCCGGGUGAAUGGCCACCUGAUUCGCCUCUGAGUUUCACGAGAUCGCCUGCGAACAGUAGCUCAAGCUCUAGCGUAUACAUGGAUGCCGAAGAUGGAAUGGAUAUUUCAUCGACGUUGGAAGCGCUCGCUCUAGAGAUUGAUGCCGAUUCUGGAGUUUCUUUACAGUCUGACAUACUUUCGAACCCACCCAAGGAGUCUACGGACGUCCGCAAUGAAGAGUCAAAACAGACCAUGGCCAUGACUCGUUGGUCUCCACCUAUCUUUAGUCAGAUGCAGUCUACCAAUCAAGUCUUGUCGGAAGAGGAACCAGCCCCACCGCCUUCUUCCACAGACAUUAUGCUUCGCUCCAGGAAUCAGAGGCUUGAACGCGAGAAAUCGAUGUCAUACGUUUUCCCACAUCCCGACUUGAAAGCAAAAGGAAAGGAGAUCGAUUACACAGGCUACAAUGAACCGACGGCUACUACCACCGCAUUCGCACAUCCCGACUCGAAAGGAAAAGGCAAGGCGAUUGAUACCACAGGUUUCAACGAAAAGAGUGCCGCGCCUACUGAUCGCCUGAUGCCAUUUGAGCUCCUUGACCGAACAGGUAGUCCGUCGGCUUACCGCACCCCUCCACAGGUGUUCCGCCAUCGUCCCGGGCGCUCGAGAGCUUCCCUUCCAUCUGAGUUCCGGAUGAGCAAUUCGCCCGAAGCUGGCCUCCCGCGAGCCAUUACCUCGAUGCAGCCUAAUGACAUCGUUCCGAAUCGACGUCGUCAUUCAAGUGCGCUUACUCCAACUCCCACGCCACCGAAGUCAAUCCUCAAAUCGCCCUCGAGGAGCCAGAAUAGUGACACCACCCAGGAGAGUCCGGCAACUCCAGAGUCCGCUAAGAAGAGAGUUAGCUUCAACAGUGAUCUCUCGGAUAUCGAUUCUGUGAGGAGGAGCAGUACUUUUUUCGACGAGCGCACAAAUCUAGGCUACUACCCCGAGUCCAGCACGACAACCUCCGACACCGUUGGUUCUAGCAGGAGCAAUCUAGAGCACUACCCAGAGUCCAUCACGACGCCCUCCGACACCGUUAGUUCUAGCAGUACGGAUCCCGUUACUGGCGAGCAGGAGGCUACGGCUUCCGCGGUUAUACCUACAACCUCCAAGUAUAACGUCUUCAAUCGUCUACGCUGUGGUUCGAUUGUCACCGCUACCGAAGAAGUCCCGAGGGAGAGGAACGAGCUGAGGAGGAGGGCUUUCAGUUGUCCCUGUUUCAUACAAACUGACGAUAACACCAGCAACGCCGGACAGCCAGUUACAAGUGCCGGAACUGCAAAUGCCAGUGUCUCUGCGACCGAAGACGAGGGAGCCAAGGAGGGAUAUUUCCGCCGCCCUCGCCGAAGUUUCAGCCGCAAGGCUUCCAACAUUCGCGACUGGAUCCUGAAGAAAUAG